CCGGCUACCCACAGACGGCCCUGGGGAAGGAACCUCAGCCACCCGCCCUGCUCACCCUGAAGCACGGCAUGGAGACAGGGAAACCUUGUCACUGUCACUUUAAGUCUCCUGAGGAAGGAGGUCCAUCGCCCACUGCUCACCACACGGAGGUAAGUGAGAGAAGGAAGUGGGGCAGGGUGUGGAGAACACCCAGCCCGGCUGCUCCCCCGGCCUGCUCACACCUGCAGACUUCCUGCAAUGAGACCGGAAACAGGUGCCGUCCCCACCAUCACAGCCCCCAGAGCCUGGGCCAGAGGGGAGCCAUGGACAGGCCCCGGGCCCUGCUCCUGCUCUUGGCGCUGCUGACACUCUGCGUCACUGCUGGGACCCCCAAGGUCUGGGUGCAAGUUCAGACGGAGGCCUCCAAGUCCCCGUCCUUCACUGUCCGCUGUGGAUUCCUGGGAUCUGGCUCCAUCUCCCUGGUGACUGUGAGCUGCGGGAAGCCCGAUGGUGCCGAAGGGGCCAGCCUGGCUGUGCUGCACCCGGAAUUCGGCACCGAGCUGAAGGCCCCAGCCCGCCAGGCCCACUGGGAAACCAAAACCAGCAUCUCCCUCACCCUGGAAGGGUCUGAGGGGAGAAGCCCCAGUCCGAACACCACCUUCUGCUGCAAGUUUGUUUCCUUCCCCGAGGGCUCCCAGGCGGCCUGUGGGAACCCCUCCCUCAGCACAGACCAAGGGCUCUCUGCCUCCACUCCAGCCCCCGUCGUGCGGGCCGACCUGGCUGGGAUCUGGGGAGUCUCGGGGGUCCUCCUCUUUGGCUGCUUCUACCUCCUCCACCUCCUGCGCCGGCAGAGGCACUGGUCUGUCAUGAAGCUUCAGCCACCCCUCAGCAGCCCCCAGACACAGAUGCCAGCAAGGGCGGCCGGCCCAGCCUCCCUGGCCUCUCUCCACAUCCCCUAUGCCACGGUCAACACCAGCUACUUCUGCCCAGCAACUCUGGACACCGUCCUCCCGCCCCAGCCGCUGUCAAGGUGGGCGCAGCUCCCCACCCACAGGACACGCCAACCCCAGGCACCUGCCCCCUGGGCAUCCCUGCCAGCCUCUGCUCGCAGCAGUUUCAUCUCCGUUGAGAAUGGACUCUAUACUCAGGCAGGAGAGAGGCCUCCCCAUGCAGGCCCCAACCUUACCCCUUUCCCUGACCCUCUGGGGCCCAGAGCCGUGGAGGGUCGUUUAGGAGUUCGAUGAGAGGGACCCCAAGUCCACUCAGCCUUCCUCCCCUCCCAGGCCUCUGGGACCCCCUCUGUUGGGUGUCUGCAUCCUGGGCGCCACCACCUUUGCACAUCUGGUUUUAUUCUUAGGCCUCCAGUAAGUGUCUCCACACAUGCCUGGCCAGGGCGCACUUGUUGCGGAUGUGGUCAGCGUGUGUGGGCACACGUGUGUGUAUGUGAGGUGACAAACCCCAUCCCAGGUGGUUUCCUGUUCUCAAGUCCCCAACUCUCCCAAGUGAUGUCAUAACUAAGUCAACAAAAUGGUUUCUCUGACCGGA